CUCCUUCCACAGCCUCCCGGCACUGCGGGUGCCGGCAGCAUGGCGGACUCCCAGGUGUUCCUGCUGGACGAGUUGCACGUCAACGAGAAGGUGACAGAGGCCCAGGCCUGUUUCUACUAUAGCGAGGAGCAGCGUCGGGCCCUGGAGACACUGGUGACCCGAGGUGAAGCCGCCUACAGGGAGACCCUGCAAAAGGAGCGUCUCCAGGACUUCCUCUCCAGCCAGGAGCUUCAGGCCCUGCGGGGCAGCUGGCGGGCCUAUGAUGACCUCCGGGAGACCAGCAAGGUGGUGCGGGGUCCUGACGGCAAGGCCAUCUCGUUGGCCUACUGGCCUGAGCUCUCCGACACAGAGGUACCGCCGCUGGACCUGGGCUGGACUGACAAGACCUUCUACCGGGGCAUCAGCCGGGUGGCCCUCUUCACGCACCCUCGCAAGGAGGAGAACGUGCCCCACCUGAAGGAGGUGGUGCGGGAGAUGAUCCAACAGGCACAGAAGAUUAUUGCAGUGGUCAUGGAUGUAUUUACAGACCAGGACAUCUUCCGAGAUAUUGUUAAUGCAGCAUAUAAGCGCCGGAUCCCAGUCUAUAUAAUCUUAGAUGGGGAUGGUGUGAAGCUCUUCCUGGAAAUGUGCAGAUGCCUUGACCUCAGUGACUUUCAGAUUCGGAACAUCCGCAUCCGUUCUGUGACAGGAGUUGGGUUCUACAUGCAAUCAGGGAAGAUCAGAGGUACACUGGCAUCUCGAUUCCUGAUGGUAGAUGGUGAAAAGGUGGCCACUGGAUCAUACAGCUUCACAUGGAGUUCAUCCCAUAUUGACAGAAACAUCCUACUAGUCUUGACAGGACAGCAUGUGGAGAUGUUUGACGUUGAGUUUCGUGAGCUCUACGCUAUCUCAGAGGAAGUUAACUUCUUCAAGGAAUUGGGUAUUGCUAAUUCAAACCUUCAUGGAAUUGGGAAAUCAGGCUUUCAUUCCUCCAUGGUGGCUCGGAAGAACAUUAAUCCCAAGUAUGGCUUAGUGGCAGGGGCAACCCGUGGUGAAAUGUUGCUCUGGGCUUCACGACACAGGCAGGAUAAUCAGGAUAACGUGGAAAGGGAAGAAACAAGUGAGUCUAAGAAACGAUUAAAUCAGUUCCUGAAUGACUUAAUCACAUUAGAGCAAGAACUCCCAGAGAUUGAACCACCUCUGGAGAACUUCAACAAGUUGAAUAGGAGCCCUCAGAAACUACUCUCCCGAUUACACAUGGAACUGAAAAAUAAAUCCAAGUCCAGAGAGUCCAUUCGUGAUGUGAAGAAAGAAGAUGCGCAGGCCAAUUCAAAGCAAGGAAAGCGGUUUGCCAGUGGGUUUUUUAGUCGCAAGGCCAAACGGUCUCCAGGUUCAAGCAUUGAAGCAAAUUCUUUUGCCAGUGAAGGACACUCAGGGGAAGACCUUGGGAAUAUGAAACUGGAAUAUGAGCGGCUCAGCACAGGGCAUGCCAGUGUUCGGAGCGCUGAAGGCAUCUCAGGUAACCUGGGUCCAAACUCCACUACAAGCGAUAAAAGCAAACAAUCUACCUGUGUGUUAUCUUGAUUGUCUGGGAAACUGAAGACUGAACAAGCUGGUUUAGUAACAUGUUUAUCGAUUUGUCCUUACACAGUGGACCAGCCACCGUGUGGUCGUGGAUGCAGCUGGCACCCCCAGUUAAACCAUAUUUACUGGGUGAAACAUAGACUUUGGAUGGUUGGUCCCUUAAAUGAGGGUUAAUGAUGAAUGUAUUAGUCCAUAUGUAUGUGUGCAUACAGAUUUUAUACAUAAAAACAACUGUGAUGACCGGGUCUCAGAGCUUGCUCUGUGUCCAGGUAAAUGCAGAUUUUCUGACUUACUCGUGCUGCUACUUCAGUCUGUUUAGUUACAGACUCAGAAUCACUGUGUUGCACUGUUUACUCUACUGCAUUGCAGAAAUGUAUUGGUCUGACUGGCUGGAAGUCGAAGUCCAAUCAGUGGCAAAUUCUGGGUGAAACAGUGAUGUUUACAGACAGCAUAGCAAUGCUUUGUCUUCGAGGAGACUUCCUGUAGAUUCCUGUUGUCACUUUAUCCACACAGAAACUAGUGGCUGGGGGAGAAGGCUUUAGCUAGAAGAGGCCAAUGGAUUAGUAUCUUAACUGUUUUUUUCAUGUCAUAAAUAUAGUAGUCAAAGUGAUUUGGCAGUGAUCUGUUAAAGAGAAGCCCUGAGAUACUAGGGGAGUGUUUAACCUGCAGCUGAGACUGGGUCAGAGAAAUGCCUUACAUGGGAGAGUGGGCAGAUCUGGGAGCAGCCACACAGCCUUCGAUGGCUGCUACAAAAUCCUGUUUGUUGCUAAGUGAGCAGUACUUUACCCUUCAUGGAAACUGUAUGAUUAAGGAGCGCAUCUCUGAGGCUGAAAAGAAGCAAGGCAGGCAGGCAAGCUUUUCAAAUGCUUUUUUUUUUUUUUUUUUCCUUUUUUUUCCUCAGGUUAAUAUUUCCAGGCUCUAAAAAAAUGCCUAAAUCACGGGCUUUGAUCCAUAAGAGAUGCUGCAUGCAGUCCGACCAAAGGCCAUCUAAUCUGCUAUCCUCUCUCUGAGGGCACCCAGUAACAGGUGAUCACAGAAGCAUAAAAAAUAAAGCUUGGGUACAAAAGUCUUUCUCUGGCACUGUUGCAGCAGUCUGUGGACUUUCUGAACUGGCAGUUCCUUCUGGACCUGGCCUUAAGGAAUGCACUUAGUCCUUUUUUAAAAAUCUUUUUUAUACAUUUGGCCUCCACGGUGUUCUGUGGCAAUGGACCCUGAGUUCAUUGUGUGGUAUUAAAAAGAACAGUCUUCAGGCAGUUUUAAUGGUUUACUUGAUGAUUUCAUUGAGUGACCCUAAUUGUUCCACUGUCAGAUGUAGUAAUGACCGCUCCUAUUCCUCAUCUCCUUGCCACUUUUUACAGACCUGUAUCAUACAUGUCCUCAGCCAUCACGUUUCCCAGCUACAGGUUUAUGGUAUGUGAAGCUAUUCAUUAUAGAGGACCUGUUUGACACCACUGCCCUCUAGUUCGCUGGCUCUCUUCCAGUUCUGCCACUAGCAAAGUGGAGAAGCAGGUUGUUUUUGUUUCCUUGGUAUGCAGAUUGAUAUUUUCACUCUGCUUUCUUGCCAUCUAAAUUAUACACUCUCCUGUCAUAAAUAAGCCCUCUUGUGAUAUCUAAGAAAAAUAAAUCCUAUUCAUAGUAGACACCUGAAAGGUAACAUACCUGUUUGCCAGAAAGCUAUACAGACAUCAGGAAACGAUAGGUUUCAUUUUCUUUCUUUUUUUGUGUUGAGAUAGUGUUGAGUUUAUUUCAGUGCACAAGGACAACAGUGACAACUGCUGCACUAUCAGCACAGAACAAACUGCUCCAAAGGCUCUUCCAGGUGCUGGGGUGCAAUGUUGAUUGUUACACUAAAACAGCUAACUGUAGUUGAUGAUAAAAUGCGAUGGAUUGAUUGACUGAUUAACUGCCUUUCCUGGAAGUAAAUUUAACUUGAACAGCAAGAAGGUUUGUUUUACUCUGGUUUUACCCUGUAGAAUAUCUUGAGACCCUGAAACACCAAAGGUAUUAUGCUCUCUGUUAAAUACACUUUCACUCAGUGGGUUAAAUGCUUGUGACUCUAUAUAGUUAUUCUAUAUAGCCUUCUGGGAACAGGCUGUAGUUUUACUGCUAGGACUGUCAGCUCCUAUUAUCAGCAGUGUUUUAUAAAAUUGUUCCUGGUAAUGGAAGAGAAGAGGUGUUGGAAAUUACACCAUCACUUGGACACAGAAGUAAGUUAAUACAUGAGAUAUCCUGUUGGCGGUGGGUGCAGUGUUUAUGUGCCAAAAGCUAUUGGCUAUAUACAUCUAAAACUGUCUAAAAUGGCUUGAUUUUGCCAUGCUUCCAUUAUUCUCCAAAUGAUUAGGAGAUUUUUUUUCUCUCCUGGUAUUUAUUUCACUUUGUUAGCAGAAAUUCAAGAGAAAUUUAUAAAGCCAACGUGGUUCCAGUUUUUUGUUCUGAUAGGAAUAUUGUCACUUGGUACUUCCUUGUUCUCCCAGACUUUUAAGAUAUUUAUUUAUUUUUUUUAAUUGUGCAAUAGGCUAAUUUACUAAUUAGUACUGUGUUAAUGCAUCUGGUCAGGUUUUCCAGGAAGUCCUCUGUCUCUUUAGGUUUUUUGUCUUUGUUGCUUCAUCUUGGGUGGAGUAACUUAAAUCACCCAAGAAGCUGAUUUCACUUGCUAUUUCUUCUAUUCUGUGCUUGCUGAUUAACACGCUUUACUUUCUUUUUCCUAUGACAGAUGCGAAAGCACUUUCUUUAGCCUUGUCAACUAACAGGAUCUCCUUUCUAGUGAGAAUCUCUCAUCAGUUUGUUUUCUGUUUUGUUGCCACACCAGUUCCUAAAACGUAGUGUUUGUUCAUUUGUUUUUAAUUCCCUUCCCUACUUCGACUGUUUGAAAGUCAUAGAAGUCUAAUUUCAUGCCUUGACGCCAGAGUCUAGUAGAAUUCCUUAGGCUUAUUACACAUUAUUAAUUUACUGAAUUGAAGAGAGCAAACUUGCUUUCUUGCAUGAUGUGAAUCUGCUUCUUAAACUCAGCGUGACUCUUAAGGGAUGCAUGCAACCUUGCUGAUCCAGAGUGGAUGUUUCAGACUCUGGUGGAACUUGUUCUUCCCUGCAGACAAGAUCAGCUGAACUUGGACAUUUGGCUGCUUCUAUGGGAACAGGUCUGAGUCCUGGUGAGGUGACUGCGUUUAUUUUGCUAAUUGUGGUUCUUCAUAAGUACUAGGAUCCUAAGGCUGUGACCUGUAGAAUGAACCUCUGAUAAAUGUUGCUGAUGGUGCUGCGGGCAGAGGGGUGAGAAGCAGUGGUCAUCAGUUCUCUUAGAAGUCUCUUAAUGGAAGCUGAUGGUAUAGCAGUGCCUAUAGAAGUCUUCAAAUAAGAUGUCAUUUUGUUCUAGCGCAAGAAGUCAGCUGGUGGAACUAACAUAACCAAGUCACUAACCUUCCAAGGCAGUGGGAAAGAUGGGAGAUAUUUGAUUGUUGCUAUUGGAAAGAACAGGGUCAGCUCUCUUUGUAGUCUGUUUCCUGAGCCUGGACAAUCCUAAGACAUUGUCUAUUCUCUGGCUCUUGUUCACUCUUGGUCAUUCAGCCCAGGUUUGCUGAUCCGUGUGGUGUACCAUGGGACCUAUACUGGCCAGUCUUGGUUUUGGAAAAAAGAGUAAUGAAACUCGGGCUUGCAGCUCGCUAUUUCUGGUGUGAAAUGGGGAGUGGUUCUGAAAGAGUGUCAUGGCUGAAUGCGCGCCUUCUAUGUUUCCUUUGGGAUGCACUUGUAUGUUUAAUGUACAUAUGUCCAGUGACUUAUGCCAAAGACCUUUUCUAAGUCAAAUAAAUUCUUUGCUGUGUUAUGUUCAGGUAA